GUCGGGGUGUUGUCGGAAGGGUGGAGGUGUCAGGCGCCAGUCGCUGCGCGAACGCUGAGCUUGGGAUUUCUGUCGUCCUCGCGAUUUGUUUUUACGCUCCCUCCGCCUCCUCCUCUUCGACUUCUCGUUAUCGUUUCUGUAACACACACUCUCCCUCUCUCUCUCUCUCUCUCUCCCUCUCUUUCUCUCUGUCCUCUCGCGUUUAGUCGAUCGGGAUCGAGAGAUCAUCCCGAUGCACGUGACCUCGUUUGUUUUUUUUCUGUGAUCUCGGUGAAGAUACACCCGGACGUACAAAGAGGGGUGGUUGUUUUCGCGUGUGCUCCAGAAAAAAACUUGGAGUGAAAGCCGGCAGUGCGUGGAAGGAUGUAGAUCUUGUGCCUCCUGUCUGGUGAGAGGAAUCUCUCGAGGGAUACUGGAAGAUACCGCGUCCUCUCUUUGAGGAUAUCCGCGGCCAUGGCGAACGGCGUCUCGUGACGAUUCGCGAGAGAUCGGUGGGCCAACGAGGAGAUAAGGACCAGGCCAUCCUGGGAGAGAUCCGCCUCUCGGUAUUUCGCGAGCUGAUGACCUCGCGAACAGUCGCGCACUCACCUCCGCAUCGACUCGAUCGAAGCACCGCAGUCUCCCUUCAGCGUUGCUGAAGGGUCAGCGCGCGUGGUGGUGGUGGGUCAGCGAAAAAUGCGAUAGAACGGAGGGAUUCGAGGAGCAGAGCUGAGCAGAGCGGAGCAGAGCAGAGAGAACGAGGAAGAAAACGGGCGGGUUUGUCGCCCGAUGAGAGAGCACCAUGUGCUCUAUCGUACGAGUCUGGCGGCGGCGGAGGGCUGCCCUCCUUAGCACGAUGUUGCUGCUAUUAUCUUGGGGAACAAACGCGGCGGAGGGUUGCCCGAGCAUGUGCGCGUGCAAGUGGAAGGGCGGGAAGGAAUGGGUCGAGUGCGCAAAUCGCGGUCUCAAGGGAUUACCGCAGGGUGCUCGAGAGGAGACGCAGGUGCUCGACCUGUCAGGCAAUCAUCUGGUCAACCUACCACCGGAAUGCUUCCGCGCCCUUGGUUUGAUCAACCUUCAGCGGCUCUAUCUGAGCAAAUCUCAAAUCAGUCGCAUUGCCUCCGAAGCGUUCGUCGGACUGGUCGGCCUAGUGGACCUCGAUCUAUCCGAGAACAAAAUCGAUGAGGUGCCCACGGACACGUUCGCCUCCUAUCCAAGUCUGAUGAAGCUUCUGUUGAAUGGGAAUCCAAUUAGGGAGAUUCGCCAAGGCGCGUUUCUUCGUCUGGCGCAUCUGACUAAUUUAGAGAUCAGCAAGUGCGCGAUAGAGGUUAUCGAGCAGAACGCUUUCGAGGGCCUCCAGUCGCUCGAGUGGCUUCAGCUGGACGGCAAUCGACUCACUCACGUGCCAGAUCACACUUUGCCACUGGGUGGAAAUCUCAGGGGAUUGACUCUCCACAACAAUCCGUGGCAGUGCGACUGUAGGUUGAGAGUAAUGCAGGCUUGGCUAAAGGAAUCGGCUCCCGCAGCGCCGCAGACGUCCGAACCCGUCUGCGAUUCCCCGGCGAGAUUGCGCGGCAAGCAAAUCAAGAGUCUCAAGGUCAACGAAUUAGCCUGCCUCCCGCGUAUCGAUCUUCAAGAUCAUUUGGAAAUCUACGAGGACGAGAAUAUCACUUUGAAAUGCGACGUUCACGCGGUUCCGACCGCCAAGGUCACUUGGUGGUUCAAUGGAGAACCGUGCGAGCUGCAGCACGAAAACAAUUCCGUAGUCAGCAGUAUUUCUACGUUUCCAAGAUGUGUCUAUCGACAACGAGGCGGGACCAACAUGAGCAGCACGCUAUUCCUCUACUCGGUGGAGUCACUCGACGAAGGCACGUACAGCUGUAUCGCGGAGAACAGCGCGGGUUCGGCGGUGGCAAAUCUCUCUCUCCGCGUACUCUUUCGCGAGAAACCCACCGUGGAGCCACCCUCCGACAAUCCUGCCUCUGGUUACGUGGCCGCGAUUGUCGCGGGAGCGUUGGUAGGCACUCUUCUGGCACUGGGCUGUUUGAUAGGUAGCGUGAUAUACUGCGCGAGAAAGCGACGUCGCGACCGAAAGCGCAAUUCGAAGGCGUUGGUGACGCAGAGCAAGUCGGUGCUGCCAAUCACGAAGGACACCACCAGCAGCGCCUGCCGAAAAGGUAACGGUAGCUUGAUCGGCAAUCUCGAACAUCAGCAAAUGGUCUCGUAUACCGAACGCGAGAUCAACCGUGCGGCCACUUUGGAACACCGUGAACACACCAGGAACAAUCUCCUGGAUCGGGACGCGUAUCCAGUGGCGAGUCCGGUAGCCAAGUACCUGACCGAACCCGAUCUGAUUAACGAAGUGCCCGAGAACACCGAGGUGGGUUACGGUCAACUGUAUGGGCGGCAUCAUCAGCGCGUCGGCGGCGUCGAUCGACAGAUUCUAGAAUACGACUCGGGUUAUCCGCUGCAGCCUGAUUUACGACCGCCGCCAGUUCUGCCCCAGUUGAGUUACCUGGAUCAGGAUGGCUACCCGCUCAAUUUUGGCUUGCCCAAAAUCACCUUUAGCACCGCCAGUACUCUGCCCAGGCUCCGGACACGUUUGUCGGAGCCAGGCUCAGCAGCCGCGCCAGCGGCCAGAUAUUCGCGCGAGGCCGAAUUCCUCGCAAGAUCACCGGGAUACGAUCCCAUUUUAUCGCGAACCGACGCCAGGUACACCGCUGAGGGUUAUCCCUACCCGAUGCAUCAGCAUCAUAAUCAACACCAGCAUCAGCAUCAGCAUCAGCAUCAACAUCAACAGCAACAACAGCAGCAGCAGCAACAGUCGCAACCGCAAACGAUACAACCACCACUACCAAUUCAACCGGUCGAGCAACCGAUUCAGCAGCAGCUGCCCAUUCAAUCGCCAGUCUCGCCGGUCGCCGUUUUCCCAGAUGUACCCUUUAUACCGUCACCCCCAGCGGCUUACAGAGGUGAAACCACUCCGCUGUCGCCACGAUCCCUGCUCGGCAAAACCGCUCGCGAGGCCGCAGCCGCGGCUGCUGCGAGAGCGGAGGAACUCCAACCACCGAAUCAUCCGGAAAGCCCCGACGAAGGCUACGUGGGAGACGCAAUGGAUGUCUGAAGAAUGCGAAGCGAACGAUAGUUCGCGAUUAUCGGACAAUUUGAGGAUCUGAGGAUCUGAGGAUCUGAGAAGCGCGGGAAAUAUAUACAUCCUGGCUCUAUUGUGAAUCAAAUUAAUGUGUUGCGCCAUUUGCUUUCCCCGAAUUUGUUCUUAGUUUUUAUUUACUCGAUCCGUCUUGGAAAAAGAAGAUGGAUUUUUUUUUGUGGAAAAUGUCCACAACUAAGUUUUUAUUUAUUUAUUUACUUUUUUGAAAUUUGGAAAAUGGAAGAUAGUAUUUUAAUGAUAUCGUACUUUCUUCAAGAUGUAUCAUAAGAUGCGUUUAUUUUUUAUCGCUCGAUCUUUGGCAAAAAAAUUUAAUCUUCAAACAGAGAUUUAAUUUCAAGAGUUUCUACAUGUCACACAAAUAUUUGACCGAAAUUCACCGAAAUGACGAAAUUAUAAUACAGGGCAAGGAGAAAGAUCUGUCCUCGAUUCUUUUUGCUCAACAUAUUGAUUCAGCAGACAGAAUAACGACAUUUACAUUUGCAUAAGAAUUUGCGAAUAAUUUUUAUAAUCUCCUUCCAUGCGUAUCAAGCAUCAAGAUCUAAACGAACAACGAGAUAUCAGCAUGAAGGAGGAAAUCUGUCCUCGUCAUGCUGUCAGAUUAAUUCGCGGAGAAUAACAGGGUCCAGGAUGUGAUUGGCGGAACAGGGCCACCCGAGACGGCACGAACAAAGGACUCGUCCUGGCGGCGGAGACGUAAUAGAUUAAUCAGAAGACACGUCUCGAAUGUCGCUGCGGUGCGCGCAGUUCUCGUCAGAGUCGGGAGGGACGAUGGAACGCGGUGAUUCUUGCGUUCGCGUAUUCGAAGGAAAUCGACUCCGAAAAAUUUACGCGGAUCGCGUUUAAAUGCGGAGAGUGCUUUUUCGGACACCCAAGAUGGCGGCCGGAUUUAUUUAAACGGCGUGUCGCGCUUGUGAAAUACGACGACGUCUUUUGGACGCGAUCCAAGGAGAAACGUUCGGUCGCGUUGAAAAGGAACCAAGAUGGCGUGACUGAUCCUUAAAGUGAUAGAUAAAUGUUUGGCGGACUCGAUCGAGUGAAACGCGCCUCAUGGACCCCCGAAGGCGCGCUUUCAGCAUCGUGAGCGAGAACGUGACUGGUGCUCAAAACGGCUCCUCCAACGGCGGGGUCCGCUAUGGAAAUGUGAAAUUAAUUAAAUUUAAUUGUUCAUGUUGAUCCCGCGACCGACCAAGUUCGCGAUAAAACUGAUUGCAGGAGAGCGAUAUGAAUGUAAAAUAGUAAUAAAAGGAGACUUUAUCCUUUUUUUAAUUAUAAACGUUAUGAAUAUUUGAAAACGUUUAUACGUUAUUCGCGUGUGUCACGAGUGAGACACGAUUUUAACAAAUUUAUUUCUUUUGCAGAAUUAUUAUUAUAUCGAUGAAAUGUAAACUUUGUUAUUUGCUAUUUCUUUAGAACGUGACGUGGUCGCUUCGAUCAUUCUUAAUGGCUCUUGGAUUACUCCGAUAUUGUUUAAAGCCGACGACAGCGUUAUAACGUCCCACUACACGUAAUACGGGAUACUCGUGACUCGGAAAUCUGCUCAAGCCAUUUUUGCACUCCUCCCAAUAGCACUUUGUUUUAGACUCAUGGAAUAAGUGUGUCAUUCGUUUCUAAUGAACAUUCUCCUGGCGUUUCAAGGCGGAGACGCAACUGUAGCGAUUCUGCUGUAGUGAUAAUAAUGUUAACUUGGUGUUUAAGACUGGCGAAUUGUGCGAGAUUAGGAGCGCCGCGAUGGCGCUCGACCUGAUGUACAGAGACCGUUGAACGUACAGGAUGUUCUGAAAACGGCGUAUACCAGAAUUUGAUCGGAGCGAGAAAUUUUUUUAAGUGAGCUUAUUUUAUCUUAAAAGUUUUAUCUUAAAAAUCUCGAGAGUUAAAACAAAUUUCGAUAUUGAAUUUUAUUUAUCGGAAAUAUCAAGAAUUAUGGUUCAUUUAAACAGUUUUUGUUUUAUUUAUACUCAAUCAUAGUUAAACCAUUUAUUUUGCUGCAAAAAUUUUACAAGUUAAUUCCAGCUCCUCGAUAUGGUAUAUUCUUCUAGAACGUCCCGUAUAUCUAUAUAUAAAUACACGUAUAUAUAUAAUAUAAAUAAAUAAAUAUAUAUAUACACACGAAUAGAUAUAUACAUAUUAUAUGAUGCGACACUUAAAAAAAAAAAAAAAAAAAAAACCCACUAAACGACAAAAAAUCGGUGAAAGUAGUUAUUUUUUAAAGGUGUCUUCGAGAUUGCGAUUCGAGCUGGCUUCGCCCUCUCAGAUAAAAUCGAUCGGUGUACAGUCGGUAGACGUGCAGCGGGAUGAAAAUGAGUUAACAUUGUUUCUACAACAACAAGAAAAAUUUCUAAAUGUAAUAUCUGUGCAAACUGACGAAUUUCAACUAUUCAGAAAAGACUGAUGAGUUGAUGACAAAUUAUCAUAACUGCAAGGUGGCGCCGGAUGUGACGGAAGAAUGCGUCGCGAGAAAGCGUCGAGUCCUAGAGGGUCCUUUCAUCGUCAGAAGUACCCGGCGACGAGGAAACUGGUUUCCUUUCCGUUGCCGUAAUCACGACGCGAUUCACGGAUGAACAGUGUUUGCCUUCCAGUCUGGCGACUCGCAAGGAUAUAGAAUACUGCCUGUGUCCUUUAAGCUUCGCCGUCGAGGUAACUCGAAAUUUGUCUUCGCCUAUGAGUUUCGUAUAUAACAAUAUUUCAUCUUGUUCCGGGGGCAAGUAAUUUAUUUACAUUUUGAGAAAUUUCAGGCAAAAGGAAAAUGUUUGAAACAAGGAGUAAAGAGGAAUUCUUAUUACGCUAGGAAAUUAAAAAACGGUUUGUUUCUAGUCAGUUAAAAUUUCACGUUUUGAAUUUAAUAUUUAGCAUUAUUGCAAGUAAAUUCAUAAAAUGGGGUUUUAUAAUUAACAAAUAGUUUAAUUUAAAAUUGUUAUAUUUUCUUUGAAGUAUAACCGUACAAAAGUUAAUGUGUUGUGAAUGAAAGACAAUUAUAAAAAAGUUUUAAAAUUGCAAGUAAUAAGAGAUACAUUUAAAUCUGAUUGUAUGUAUUUUCGACGACGUCAACUUUCGAAAUUCGAGUUAUAUGGAGCUGUGAACAUUAUUUUACACACUGACGAAAUUCUGUGAAAGGAGUUCUACAUUCAUCGUUUCAUUUAAUUAGAAACUUUUUAAACGAGCUUGCCAACGAGAAUAACUUCAACACGCGCGGUCAAUUUUGCGAAUCUCGAUUAAUUUUCCCGUGAAUGGGUAGACUCUAUUAGGCCAUGUUUCUGGUAAAAAUGCAGCAGAAAUGUAGCGUUUAGAACCAUUAACUUUCAGUCAAGUUUGAAUUUGGUACAAAUUGUUACAGUUCCUUCGACAAAUUUAUUUUGAAAAAAAAGGAAACUCGUCAUAUUAUAUUAAAUGUUCUUUUUGAUUUCUUAUUAAUCUUUAUAUUUGUCUCAAACUUACGAAAGAGAGAAAAUAAAAUAUUGCUUGGGUAUUUACGUAUUGCGUUUUAAGGGCCGAGAAGUAUUUGAAAAAUUAAAUAAUUAGAAAACGCGUAACGUUUCGUGCAAUCACCAUUUCCUUAAAGAACCACCUUUAAGGAUUUCCUUAAAAGAUCUCGCUUGUAGUUAAAUAAACAACAUCGUUAAAUCGAGUUAAAUUGCGCGAGGAAAUGUAAUGUACUUCCUUAAGGAGAAUCUUUUAAAAAUAAUUAUUUCAGUUUACAUGAGAAACGUUAGAAACGGAUUUUACUUACACGAGAAACGGAUGAAUUUACGCCUUUGAAAGAGAAGUGAUUUUUUUGAGAUUGUAUCUUUCAUAGGUAAAAAUUGUUCAUAGACCUCUCUCUUUAGACGCUUCAUACAUAUUUAUUCGCAUCGAUUAAAAUCUGUGGUGAAAGAAAAAUAAAAAUUCAACACAUUCGAAACAAUUCCUUUUUUGCGAAAAAAAAAAAUUCAACCAGAAAGUUUAUUUUUUUUUUAAGCUUUUACUUCGACGCCGUGCUUUCAGUGAUUCGUUUUUUCGCAGAUAAAAAUUUAUCAUCGCAAUCUGUCGCUUCCUUCUUCGUGUGUAUUUAUUUUCGUUGAAUUGACGAACGAGCGGUUAAACGGGAACAAGAAAAACACUAGUAAAGUUUAACGAUCUUGCUCGCGGGCGAUAUUGCAUUCGCUGGUUUGUGGCUCGUCUGAGUUAAAUGCACUCCUCUUUUUCUAUCGAUCCCUUUUUACUUCUUAUUUAUUCCUUUUCGCCUGCGCGCGCUAAUUAUAACCGCGGCCGCUUGCUCGGUAACGAUUCCGCUUCUCAUUUUUUUUUUUUUUUUUUUUUGUGAAAACACGAUGGAAAGCUUUUCCGGAUUUUCCUCGAGAAUCCGCGGAGACACGAGAUACAUUUUUCGAAAUGUAUUUCAUAAGAGGAAAUUAUACGAACGGGAGUUAUCUUUUCGUAGAGACAAUUCUCAAUUGUUCCAAUGACUUUCGCGAUUUUUAAUAUUUUCGGUGCAGAUGGGAAAGCUACAAAAUUCCGCUCUGAUAAAUCAGUCAAAUUAAAUUUCGCAAGGAAAUCAUACGCGCGGAAUUUCAUCGUAUAAAGGCUUAGCGUGCCGAGAUCGGUCGUGAAUAUUAAUCGGCUUUCCUCUCACCGACUCUCGCGCAGUGAAACAUUCGCGCUAGGGAAAAUCUCGCGAGGAAGGCAACCCCCGUUCUAUUAACUUCUCUCGCAUUCACAACGUGCUGCUACGAUGCUUUCCGGUAAAUGUAAUCACACGUCGAUGCAUUAAUCAGCUGCUCGACGAAACUCCAUGGUAACUCCAUCCGUCGGAUAUGCACGUCGAAUCAGUUAGAAGUUAAGGGCAGCGAUGGCAGGACGGCAGGACGGCAGGGCGGCAGGGCGGCAGGGCGGCAGGGUUGCUUGCUUAAAUGGAAAAUGUCCCUUCGGGGCCCUUGGAACGCCCUAUUGGACAUUAUAAUACUUAUUUGUUACAUUUUCACAUGUUUGAAUGUUCAACAUUUAAAUCUCUCCUAUGGAAACACUCGUUUCGGGAGAUCGAAAGCUAGCCGCGAAGCAGAGACAAUGUGCAGAUGGACCGAUCUUGUUUAUUCGCUAUUUUUAUAGCGUGUUUUUAAAGAAAAAAAUUUUAUAGAUGAGGUCAAUGAAUUUUCAUGUUGCAAGAUCGAUCAGGAGAGAGUGUAUAUGACAGGAAGAUAGCGAAAGGCGAGAGAGGGAGAGAGAGAGAAAGAGAGAUACAGACAGAGAAAGAAAUAACAUUAAGUAUACAUGAGAAAAUGAGGGCCAAAGCCACAUUCGAAUCGAUCUCCUUCGAAUCCACCCAUCCUGCCACUCCACCUUCCUCUUCCCACGUAAACCACCACCCUCCUUUUCUCGACCAUAAAAUUCCCGCGAAGAGUUACGGCUCUCCGACGCUCACAGCACAAUCUUGCAUAUAUGGACAGACGCACAUAUACACUUAUUUACGUACUUACACUUAUACGAAAACAUACAUAUACACAAUCUGACACACACGCACGCGCACACACACACACACACACACGCGCGCGCGCACGCACAGUUUCAGGUACACGUGAUGUUCCGAACGAUUGAGCAAUACGAUUUGUAUUACCGUGUAUAACGUAAUGUAUUCGAUUCUGCACAUGUCGUAUGUACUUUGGAUGUAGCGAAGGAUUUUUCACGACUGAUAUGAGAUUAAAGGAAUAAAGAUAGCUUUUGUAUUAAAAA